UCUCCCACCACUUUUUCUUCUCUUCCCCAAAAAAUCACAAAACCCUAAUUAUUUUUCAAAAAAGCCUUGCUCUUCUGCAGAUAUGAGGCUUCAAACACGGCACCUCACUUGUCAUAUCCACACAACUUUCAUCUGGCUCAUUUGUUGUAGAGUUCUACUUCUCUCUCCAUAGCAAACCGUUCAUCUUCACAACAAACAUCCCUUCCAACUUUAUUCUCCUCUCAACUUUGCUAUAACAAGACCCUUUGAGAAUUUGAAGGACAUCAAUGAAACCAAGGAACUUUGGAAGAUUGCAGUCAAAAUCCAUCACAAAUGGACAGUGGAAGGCCAAAGAGCACUUCGAGAUGAUUCUGCAUGACAAAGAGGGCACUGAUAUACAGUGAAAUUUAUCGGUAUAAAAUUCUAAUCGAUGUUGUCCACGAUGACGUUAAAACUACAUUUGUUCUAUGGGACCGCGAGUGUUUGCAACUAUUGAAACUUACUUCUGCUCAGAUGCGCAGCAACAUGCUUGAGGCUGGAAUCACGGACCCUCUUGAAUUCCCUUUAGUACUUGACGAUUUGGUCGGGCUUGAUAUGGCUUUUAAGGUCAAAUGGCAACCUUCAUGGGACAAUGCUACAGUUGUCUCCAUCAGUGAUAAAACAGACCGAGGAUUCAAUAGCAAAAGAAUUGACACCCUCUCUAUCAUCUCCACCAACAAUCAAGUUACAGAUAACUGAAAGCGUGGAUGAUGCUUUGACAAUCGCUUGAAAACAUUGAUGUGACCUCGGCACAUAUUCUGCAGACACCCACCCUAAGUGCAGCGUCGAAAAAUGAUGCCCCCAGGAGUUCUGCUGAGCACAACCCUCUACCAGCAACUCCUUCCGCAGCGCCCAAAAGAAUUGCACCCCAGCUGACCACUGAAGAGACAAUAUCAAACAGGUUUUGUGAAGAACAAGGUUAUUCACCAAAACUGAAGAAGAUCAUCAAGUUGGAAAACAUUCAUCCACACAUCAUUCAGCCAUAGAGCAGCAUAUCUAUUGUUAUUUAUUGCUUUUGAACAUUCAUGGCCUUACUGCCUCGUAUUUUUGUGUUUUCCAUUAAUGCCUUCUAUUUUGCUAUGCUCAAACAACGGCGUUAGCCAAAUCUUUUUUUGUACUGUGGAUGACAUCUGUUACGGCAAUUACAGUCCAUUAGACAUGAUCUUAA